GAACAACGACAACAGCAGCACUUUCAAAAUGGUAAUUGAUUUGCAAGAAAUUUAAGUGUAUGGCUGUCAAACUAUCAUGAGUUUCGUAGAAAACCACGAAAUUGUGCAAAAUGGUGACACCGUCAUCUUAUUUCUGGGACAUAAUUCCAUGCAGACUGUGAAGAUGGUUUCUGGGAAAGUUCAUCAGACAAAGUUUGGAGCAUUUCCACAUGAUAGAAUAAUAGGGAAACGAUUUGGAUCAAAGGUAUUUUCUAAAAACAACAGAGGAUAUGUGUAUCUACUUUAUCCUUCGCCAGAGCUCUGGACUGUAACACUGCCUCAUAGGACACAAAUCCUGUACACUACUGACAUUUCACUGAUUACUUUGGAACUGGAUUUAAAGCCUGGAUCUGUGGUCGUAGAGUCAGGAACCGGCAGCGGAUCAAUUUCGCAUGCAUUUGUCCGGACAAUUAUGCCCACGGGACAUCUGCACACAUUCGAUUUUCAUCAGCAAAGAGCCGAUCAGGCAAAGCUUGAUUUUGAAAGUCAUGGAAUCGGAAAAUUUGUGACUGGCGCAUGCAAAGAUGUUCUGGCUGAUGGAUUCGGCCUGAAAAAUGUUGCUGAUGCAGUUUUCCUUGAUUUGCCGAAACCAUGGGUUGCAAUUCCACACGCAAAAGAAGCCUUGAAGGCCUCCGGUGGAAGAGUCUGUUCGUUUUCCCCAUGCAUAGAGCAGGUACAAAGGACCUGCGAACAACUAAGAAAGUCUGGAUUUUGUGAGAUUAAAACUUUAGAGUGCUUAUGCAAGACCUACGACGUCAGAACUGUUCCACUGCCCGAAGCAAAGUUUUCCAAACCUAAACCUUUUCAUGGAAAAGUGGCCAGGGAUGGGGAAACGAAAAUAGAGGUGCCUGAAGAUGAAGUAGAAACAUUACCUGAUGAAAAACUGGAGGAAACAUCAAAUUGUAACGUUAUUAAUGAAGAUUUUACGAAAGCUGCAGGUUCUUUGAAGCGACCACAUCCUGAUUCUACCAACGAAGAGAGGAACCCCCAUGUAAAAUUACAGAAACCAGGAAACUUGAAUACUUUAACUGCUAGGCCAAUCAAAGAAAUUCCUGGCCAUACUGGGUAUUUAACUUUCGCUAGUUUAUUACCUGUAUUCAAAGGUCUAUGAAAUGAUUUUUUUAUAUUUGUUACCUCAGCAUAAAAAUAUCGUUUAUGGUCCUCAAAAUGUUA